ACGUGGCUUAACUACAAUACACAGUAAACGCUACCACCCUCAGUACACUACAAUGUACGUGUGUCUGUGCUGAGUGGUUUCUGUUGUUGACUGCGUUGCUCACAUACAACAGUUGGUGGAGCGCUGCGUCAGAUCGGAGCAAGUGGCCGCGAAACGGCCAUAUGGUUGAAUCGUUUGGCCGAAAACAAUACACGGAGGAUAAGUCUGGGCAACUCUGAAGGAGUGAACAAAUGAAUGGAAAAGUUGUAAGAAGACCGGUUGAGUUUCAUGCCAUGGAGUUUGUUGAGUAUAUCAAGACUCCCAAGGUGGAUAGCGUUACCCUGCAUCGGCCCUUCUACGCCCGCGUCGAAGGCACGCUGUGCCUGACUGGACACCACUUGAUUCUGUCGUCAAGGAAGACUAACACAGAGGAAUUAUGGCUUCUCCACAGCAACAUUGAUGCCAUUGAGAAGAAGUUUGUAGGCUCCGUAGGCCAUCUGACCAUCAAAUGCAAGAACUUCAUGAUCAUCCAGCUGGAUAUACACGGCAUGGAGGAAUGCCUCAACAUUGCCAGCUCCAUAGAGAUGCUGUCCAACUUGUCAAAGGUGACUCUGACCUACCCGUUUUUCUACCGUCCCAUGUCUGAUGCCCUGGAGGAUGGCUGGCAGGCAUUCCUUCCAGAGAGUGAGUUUGCUAGAGUGACCGGCGAUGAAUGGCGCUUGUCUCAUGUCAACAAAAACUUCCAGGUAUGCCCAACCUACCCACAAACAGUGGUUGUGCCCAAAGCUGUGGAUGAUGACUGCAUCAUGCAGGCUGCUGCAUUCAGGCAAGGAGGGAGGUUCCCAGUUCUAAGCUACCUUCACUCCCCAAAUGGGACGGUAAUCUUAAGGAGUGGUCAGCCCCUCCCAGGCCCCAACGGCAAGCGGUGUAAAGAAGAUGAGAAGCUGGUCAACUCGGCGCUAGGUGUCGGCAAAAGAGGGUACAUCAUUGACACCAGGUCCUACAACUCGGCCGUCAACUCGAGAUCCAAAGAUUUUUAUUUGAUUCUUUUCCCUCCAGGCGGGGGCUUUGAGACUGAGGCUCACUACCCUCAGUGGAGGCGGGUUCACAAACCGCUGGAUCGGUUCAGCAACCUCCAAGAAAGCCUGACUAAAUUGAUGGAGGCAUGCAACAAGAACACCAACUCCAUGGACAAGUGGCUGGGCCAUCUAGGUGCUUCCAGUUGGUUGAGUAAUGUCAAAGAAGUCUUGACUACUGCGUGCCUGGUGGCACAGUGUGUGGAUAGAGAAAGUUCAUCUGUUCUGGUGCAUGGAUCGGAGGGUCUAGAUGCCACACUACAGAUCACAUCCCUAGCUCAGAUCAUACUCAAUCCAGACUGUAGAACACUCAGAGGGUUUGAAGCUCUGAUAGAGCGUGAGUGGGUUCAGUCAGGUCACCCUUUUGCCAGUCGAUGUGCCAAGUCCUGUUACGCCGGUAGCAAACUCAAAUGCACCGGUCCGGUCUUCCUACUGUUCCUGGACUGCGUGUGGCAGGUCAUUCAGCAGUUCCAAUGUUCCUUUGAGUUCAAUGAGCAGUUUCUCAUCCUCCUGUUUGAGAAUGCCUACGCCUCACAGUUUGGCACCUUCCUGUGCAAUAAUGAGCACGAGAGACAAAUACUGAAACUGUCUGAAAAGACACAAUCACUGUGGACAUACGUUAACAGGCCUCAGAUACUAGAGGGUUACAUCAACCCACUGUAUCAACCCAACUCCUCUGUCAUAUGGCCGUCAGUAGCACCACAGAGCUUGAUGUUAUGGUCAACCUUGUUCUUACGCUGGGACAUGGACAACACCAGCAAUGACUCAACCGACAAAGAAAUCCGCAAAAUCCAACAGAACGACAAGCAGCUCAAGACAAGGGCCAUUCAGCUCAGAAAACAACUUUCCGAGUUGCAGAGAGAAGCCCUGGAAAAAGGACUGAUCAGCGAAUAGCAGCAGGGUUGCAUCUUAACAAGACACUCAACCUGAUCAGGAAACAGCAGUAGGUUAACUUCUAUCUGCCAAGUCCUGUGCAUUGUUCAGCUUCAGCACCAAAUUUACAGAAUCAAUGACUGGCAAAAAACAGCUGGAUCGCAUAAACAUUGAUCAGGAAACAGCCACCUGAUACCUAUUGGAAUCCAGCUUGAGCAGCAAACGGCAGUUGGGAAACAUUUAAGCCCAUUGUCAAGUUUGCAGGCGAAACUCUGAUAAUGCUGAACGUGAUAUAUGUAGUUUACUCUCACAGUUCUACUUUAUUCAAUCAGCUGGUAUUGAGGUUCAAUCAAGAAAUUGGAGAACCUUAACAUGUCUACGUCAUGAAACAGCCGCAGGGUUGCAACUGCCAUCAGAGAGGCGAUUGCAGGAUGAUUUUUCAAAUCAUGCUGAUCAUAUUUGGAGACAUCCAUCAGCUGAUCCUACCUGUCAUCGCAAUCAUCAUUUAUUCAAUGAUUGUGUGAACCAUCAAAUGCCCUAAAGAAAAGCCUUUGACGAGACUUCGGUUUUUUUUUUUUCAACUUUACAGUAGCUUAAAAGGGAACAGUCAGCAUUUCCACUUAAUUAAGAUAUUUAUUAAGAUGUCAAACUGAGAUCACAAUGCUGUCACUGCUGUAUAUGCAAUAUUAAGAGAAACAAAUAUGCCCUUAAUAUUGUUUCAUGCAGUCCAGUCAAAUGACAGAAAACUCAGUAAAGGGGUCUAGUACGACGUGAUCAUGUUAAUGUUUCACGAUAUAUAGUGCCUUCAAUUAGGCAUUAUAAAUAUUGAUGUCAUCAGUCAUAAUAAUUAGAGAUUGCAUUUGUUCGCAGUGUAAUGAUCGAGAUUCAGAAAUUUUUUUAGUUUUGAUGCAAAUUACAAAAUCUGGGGGGAAAAAAACAGAGUUAAAAAUGCUGUUUUUAAAUUUAAGAAAUGCCUUUUUCAAGAAAAGUUUAUGACGCAAGUCGUUCUAGAUUGCCUCCUCUUGUCUUGUGUUUGAAUGCUUUCUACUUAAGGCAAUGGAUGCGGUAUUCAAAAAGUUUAUAUCAUCAUUAAUCAACCUCCAUGAUUCUAUAAAUAGAACUCUGCUGAUUUUUGUAAACAUUUUUUUGAGGCAGUUUCAAAUUUAUGUGGUGGAAUGGUCUGGAAACUGGCAUAUAUGUCUGUAAAUCAAUUUAUUUGAAUAUUUUGCCUGUAUCAUGCCAAAUUUGCCAUUUUGCUUGAAAACAAAUUAAGUUUAAAUGAGACUACAAUUAUGUAAGUGUACAUAUGAUGCAUAUUUAUAUAUUGAGAAGGGGACUUUAAUAAAUUUGUAUAAAUUGUGCAGUACAAGCAAAGCGAGCUGAUUCGCACAUUCAAACUUGUAGAACAAAUGCACAGUACAAUGGAAAUACAAAUGUAGGAAUGUCUGAAAAACUUUAAACUGUAAAGUUGCCUUUUGGAACACAUUGCAUUCCAAGCUGAAUGUUCUGCAUAUUAUGUGAAGCGUUCUGGCAAAAUGAGACAGGAAGUGAGCUGAGGUCAAAAUUAGGGGUUGUGGCUAUAAGGAAUGUACAUUUGUACAUCUUACAAUAAUGUUCGUUGGACUUUAAUUUCAAGGUUUUUAUACUACAUGUAUUUCUGUGAAACACACGUAGUAGACAUGGUAGACAAUUAAAAAAUUACACAUAACAAUAAAUCUUACAAUUAAAAACACUAAUGCCUGACUGCUACACAAUUGACCUAUCGCCGUUUGCGAGUUAGCCACGCCCCUUAGACAACCCUUUGGAAUUUUGUACGUAAACAUUUGUUUGUCUCAGAUUUUGCAUGCUCUGCGUCCAUUUGCAUAUCGGUAAUGGAACAAAUCUUUUACAAGCUGCUAUCGCGAUUCUACCAUGAUAGGUUAUUAUCUGCAACAUAUAUUUGAUAUGAAAAUAUCAAAUCUUGAUAUAUUGUUUUUUUGCUUUACAAUCUUAGUGCAUCAAAUUACGGCAUUGUGAAAACAAAAAUUCUAUCUUAUAAAUAAUCUUAGUGCAAUUCCUCUAUGGUGUACCGCUCGUACCAUUCCUCCAUGCUUCUAAAACGCUUACUGAAAACGCAUGCACAAUUUAAUGUAAAUGAAGGAACAAAAUUAAUGAAUAAAUUAAAUUUUUGUUUUUCUA